AUGGCUAGCUUGAUAAGCAAAGAGGAUGAGAAUGAUGAGUCCAUGCUCCACGUACAGGCAGAUGCCCUUAUUGUUGCGGCAGGGAAUAGCCAAGUUCCGCACGAUGUGCCCUCACAGCUGGCAGGAGUCGAGGGCAGGAUCGCCCAUUCCAGCGCGUACGAUGAAUCUUUCAUGCAGGAAGUUGCGGACAAGAAGCUUAGAGUUCUGAUCGUGGGAGGCGGCGAGAGCGGUGCCGAUAUCUCGGCAGACCUAUGUGAACAGUCGCCUAAUUUGACGGUGUGGUUGCGACGUCCACCCUGUGUGGCCAUACGCUACCUUAACAGGCUUGAUGAGACACAACAAAUAAAAUCCAACCAAACCGUGGACUUUCCCGUUAGCAUCUUCCUCGAAUCCAUCACUACGAAUCGCUUGGGUGCAGCACAAAACGUCUAUCUUUAUACCUUGUACCGUCGUGCUGUUUUCUACAAUGGCCUGAUCCUGUCCACAAGAGAGCGCUGGUUUCUAGAAAGGUUGGCCCCAGCCUUCUUCCGCAGCGACCAAUCCACGGUAAUAACCAAAAGUUCGCGGUUGUGUCAGGCCUUGGACAGCGAGAAGUUAGGGGCCAUAAUAACCCCAUAUGUCUCUGCUUGUGGGCAGACUUGUGAAUUCAGCCUGCCGGACGGGACCAAGCAACGGCGCGAAUUUGAUGUCAUCUUGCUCUGCCAUGGCUUCCGAACGGAAUUCCCUUGGCUUCAGCUUCCUGAUGGCAUUCCUUUCUCGGCUAACCCACGGUCAUGGUUUCUGCAUUGCUUCCCCGAGGGGCUAGGCGACUGUCUCUUCUUCUUGGGCUACGCACGGCCUGGCCAGGGAGGCAUUCCUCCUGCGGCCGAGAUGCUGAGUCAAUAUAUCGCAUUGUUGCUUCGUGGUUUGUUGCUUCGUGGUGAAAGACAGCUUCCAGCUGAUUAUGCAGCCCAAGCACGAAGGGAUGGGGCAGCCGAGCGCGAGUAUUACUGUAUAAGCCCUGACGUCAAUUCUAUGGUUGAUUAUAAUGCUUUCAUGGAAAGCGUGGCACGGAGGAUAGGGUGUGAGACAUACAUGCCACUUUCCUGCGUGAUCUUCUUUAAUCUUCAUAUCCUGACUGUUGCCUUUAUGGCACUUCGUUGUUGCUCGACAACACUAAUCCCAUUCAGUAUGUCGACUCUGCUGGUGCUGUGGGCGGGGACAGCCAUCAGUCUUUGCACACUUCAUAAUGGACUCCUCAUCAAGUGGUGGCUAUAUCCCCACUGGGGCGUAUGGUACCGCUACCGAGACCCGGGUGCCAAUCCCUCCCUACUCAAUGCGCUUCUGACUCGGCUGAGUCUGCGCAACUCGAUUGUUUUAGACCCGCUUUUCAUCACCUACCUCGUAUGGUUUGCCUUAUCGACCUAUAUACAGCGACUGCUCUUGAUUGUCCUGUUCGUACCCAGUGCGCUACUAUCUGCAAUGGGUGUGCGUUUCCCUGAGGCGUGGGGAGGCCUGCUGCGCCCAAAGCUUUUUGUUCUGCACGGCUGCGAAUUGCGUCUCUCUGACCUCUUUCUUCCAUGACUUGCUGCAAUUUUCUGCCAGUAUCAGCUGAUGUUGACAAUGAAUCUCCUUAUCACACUUGACAUAGCUUGAUGUUAUCAUAGGCCACGAAGCUUGCUUGCAUUGAGGAAGGCUCCAUAUAUUGGGCCGUGGUGGUUUUCUCCUAUUUCUUUUGGGCAUCCGUGGUAAAUCCAUCUAACAGCUACGAAUCAUUUGGGUAUUGCCUCGCAUGAGGUCG